GUAUAACAAAAAUCCACUUUGAUUCAAGACUGACACACAAGGAUGAAGCACUAACCAGUUGAUUGCAGCACAAAUGGAGACAGACAGGAUAAAAAUGACAAGUGAUGAUACAAAGCCUUUGUAAGGUUGGACAAUCCACACAGUUUGCUGCAUCUGCCACCAUGUCCUGUGUGAGUGUAGACAUCAGUACUGCAGCAUCCAUCAGUCACACACUCUGCAGCAUUCUGCAGGGGUCUUUUGGUCCCAAUGCCCUGCACAACAUGAUCAGCACAGCUACAGGACAGGUGCUGAUCUCAUCAGAUGGCAGUACCAUCCUCAAGUCUCUCCACCUGUCCCACCCAGUAGGUAACCUCAUCAUGGAUGCCGUCCAAUCAUAUCACGCCAUCACGGGAGAUGGAACAAAAACGUUUCUCCUCAUCCUCAGAGAAGCCCUUCAAACAAUAUGCAAGACUUACGGGAUAGAAAGGACACAUUCCCAUGUAAGAAGCCAGGUGCAGAAAGGACAGGUGCAGCAGCUGUGCAUACAGAUGAGCCAGGCAUUCUCCCAUCUCCUCGACCACACCUUACCUGAAGUUAUCCUUCCUGCUAUUCUAAAACAUGCUGUUGUCACAGAUUUUGAUAAUCUUCCACAAAGAGAGAAUACUGUCUGAAUGUUAUAAGGACAUUCUUAAGUGGCAAGUUUACCCCAACAGUUGUUGAAAUCCUGACUGAGAUAGUUUGUGGUGUAAUCUUUAAAACAGCUGGAGAUGGAAAUGUCUUGUCCACAGCUGUAUUGCAGCUGAUUGAUGACUAUGAGUUGGUGUGGUUAGAGGUGCCGGGAAAGCCUGUUUCUUCUUCACAUGUUGUUGAUGGAGUUAUCCUGCAAAGAGACUUUGCUGUGAAAGCUGAGAGUCUUGAUGCUCUAAAAGACUCUAUAACCUUUGCUGUCCUUGAAACUUCC